GCACAGGCAUCGAACCCACGGAUCUUUACUCCGCUGUCCCCCCGGAUCUGCACGAACUGGAUUAACGUCACCGGACCUGAACCGGACCUGAACCGGAUCUUCAUGAUCUUUACUCUGGACCUGGUGGACUACCUGUCUGACGUCAUGACUCUGGAGGAGGAGGUCGCUCCGAACGGCUCCGAGAAAAGGAUGCAGACGGUGCGCGCGGCCCUGGAGCAGCUGCUGGUCGAGGCGCAGCGGCAGGACCACCUGACUGUGGGCGUGUACGAGUCCGCCAAGCUCAUGACUGUGGACCCGGACAGCGUGGUGCUGUGCGUGCUCGCCACGGACGAGGAGGACGAGGACGACGUGGCGCUGCAGAUCCACUUCACGCUGCUGCAGGCGUUCUGCUGCGACAACGCCAUCGACAUCCUGCGCGUGUCCGGCGUCCGCAGGCUGGCUCACGUGCUGCAGGAGGACGGCGAGGAUAGGAGCGAGCCCCGGGACCUGCACUGCAUCCUGGUCACGAACCCCCCGCUGCAGUGUCCGUCCCUGCAGGACGUCAGCAGCUUCUGUGACGAGAGUCGCUGCAGGAACCAGUGGGUUCCCUACGUGGCGCUGGACUGAGCCGAGCCGAGCCGGACCGCUGACCCGCGGUGAGACACAGGAACCAGUCCAACAACCGGCCUCAUGCACAAGAGGACAACCGGUGCUAGAGGGACGUCACGGAGCGAACAGGACGAGCCCCGGGGAGAGGACGGGGGGGGGGGGGACCUCCUGCUUCCUGAUUGAUGGAUAAGUUGGUCCCGGGUGCACAUGAUGUCCCGGAAGUGGACCAGGAGGGUUCUGGUCCAGAAGAGACGGGAGAGUCAACGUCACAUCCUGAUUGGCAGCACCUGGCUGUCAAGUGACUGAACUGACCAAUGACUGAGGGGGGGCGGAGCUCACCUGAGCUGCUCAACUGUCAGAGAGCGUGAUGUCAUAUGUUGUUGUUAUGAGUGACGUGAUGAUGUCAUAUGUUGUUGUUAUGAGUGACUUGAUGAUGUCAGAUGUAAGAAGUUCAAUUCAACUGUUGAUUUAUGAUCAAUAAACGAUUGAAGCAGAAA